AUGACCGUGGAUCCUCCGUCCGAAUGGGAGCUACUGAACGCACAACUUGCGGAGAAAGCGCAUGAUCCUGAAGGCUGGAACAAUUUCAUCAACAUGGCAGAGGGGUCAGGCGACCUGGAUAAGAUCAAAGAGGCGUAUGAGGCUCUGUUGAAGAUGUAUCCCAACACAGCUUCGGCGCAAAUUGCAUAUCUCAACCAUUGCCUGAAUCCUGGGUCGUUCAAAUUCGCCGAGUCCUUGUUCGUGCGGUUCUUGCGGACCUCACCGUCUGUUGACCUUUGGAGAUUCUACUUGACAUAUGUCAGGCGGCUGAACUCGGGGCCCGACGCCCGCGAAAUCAUCCGCAAGGCAUAUGACUUUGCGUUGAACCACGUAGGUCAAGAUAAGGACAGCGGUGACAUCUGGACAGCAUAUAUCCAAUUUUUGCGCUCUGGCGAGACUAGCUCCACCUGGGAGGAGCAGCAAAAGAUGGACGCGCUGCGCAAGGUGUACCACCGCGCGGUGCAGAUCCCCCUCGAGAACGUCGAGGCGCUGUGGCAGGAGCUCGAGGCCUUCGAGAAUGGACUGAACAGGAUCACGGCUAAGAAGUUUAUGAACGACCUGUCGCCUUCGUACAUGCAAGCUCGCACUGUCUUGCGUCAACUACAACGGCAUCUCGGACCGCUUUUCCCGCCACCACCUUCUUCGUCGACCGCGCGUCCGCCGUUGUACCUUCCGCCACUGCCGACGUUCAAUGCGGCAGAGAGGGCGCUCGUUGGCGCCUGGAAGAAUUAUCUGCGAUGGGAAGAGAGUAACCCGUUGGAGAUUGAAGAAAAAGAUAAGGCGGCGUUGAUAACGCGAAUUCAAGGCGUUUAUCGCAAGGCUGUCAUUCGCAUGCGAUUUUUUGGUGAAAUCUGGUACAUGGCAUUUAUGUGGACCAACAGCGUGGGCAAGACGGAGGAAGCUAUUAACUUAUUGAAGUCAGGUAUCGAAGCGAAUCCCUCUAGCUUCCUUCUCAACUUCGCAUACGCCGAGACGCUCGAGGUGGCCCAAAACUUCAGUGAAGUACACGCCGUUUUCGAUAGAUUCCUGGAGGUCCUUCGGCGUGAUCUCGAGGCCCUGGAGACCCGCAUCAAUUCUGCCGGCUCGUCCAACUCUAACUUGGCAAUCAACGAUUCUCAAGCAGAUACGACGCUUCCGAAUGAGGGUGGCACGCAGUCGAACUCGGGCUCGUUCCAGACGCAGCCAGCGGACGACAAGCCGCCCAAAUCGAGGGAGCUUGCUGAUCGGAGGACGGAGUAUGGACUCGUAUGGACAAUGUACAUGCGGUUCGCGCGGCGAGCAGAGGGCCUUAAGUCGUUCAGAGCUGUUUUUGCCAAGGCACGCAGGGAUAGGUGGACCCCAUGGCAGAUUUACGAAUCGGCAGCUCUUGUGGAGUAUCAUUGCAUGAAGGACGCUGGUGUGGCUGGGCGCAUUUUUGAAAAGGGGAUGGAGACCUUUGGGGACGAAGUCGACUUUGUAAUACACUAUCUCACUUUCCUCCUCUCUCUCAACGAUGAAAACAAUGCGCGAGCGCUGUUUGAGCGCGUUAUUAAUGCCUUCCCUGCCGAUCGUGCCAGACCGUUGUGGGAGCGAUGGGCUCGUCACGAAUAUCAGUAUGGCGAUCUGGCUGCAGCACAGAAGCUCGAAAAGCGAAUGGCCGAAGUCUACCCGACCGAUCCUCCGAUCAAAAGGUUUGCCCAACGACACACCUAUCAUUCCACGGAUGCGAUCGCCGCUCGGGAUCUUGGCGUCGCAAUGGCUCGCCAGGCUACUGGUACCAGCAGCUCAGGAUCUAGCGGAUCGCUCGGCCGUACGGAUACUCAGAGCUCCAUCGGCGGACCUACCAUGACCCCGAACCCCAGCCAGAACUCGCACCCGGCGCCCCCAGUGCACAGGCGGCCCCCUACCCCCGAGCACAAGAGGCGCGACGAUAGCCAUAUUCCGGUACACAAGCGCCAGAGGACCGCAUCUCCUGGGAGAGACAGGGAUCGUUGGGAAGGACACCCCCGCCGACGGUACGGCAGUCCGACCUGGGAUCGCGAACGCGAGCGGGAGGGCCCGCCUGGCCGAAAACCUGUGAAGGAGAGCGAGGAGGAAAAGGGCGUGACAAUACCGGCUGUAUUGUCUUGGUUCAUCGGCACGCUUCCCAUGCCUGCUUCUUUCGACGGGCCUAUAUUCCGCACGGACGACUUGAUGCAGCUCUUCCGGAAUGCUGUCAUCCCGAGUGUGAGCGGGAGAGCUCGGUCGCCUCCACCGCCACCUCGAGGAGGAGCUGGACGACCGCCGCCAGAUUAUGGACCGUAUCAGGGUCCCGGAAGUGGAAAACGUCGAUACUGAUGUUGUUUUGACACUCUUAGCACCCUUAGCCAAAACAGAAAGCCAUGUAAAAGUCGUUUCAGUCGAAGUGCACUCGUGCAACUUGGGGUUUUUGUCAAGUCGGGUGGAUGAAAGUCUGUGAAGGUAAUGGGAGACCCAUCUUGAUUUCCAGUAGCUCCUUUUACUUUCGCGUGAUUUUUGUUGACCAAGCUUGACGAAAACUUUGAUCUUGCGACUCCCACUAAAACGACCGUUACAUGUAUCUCUCUUUUUACUGAGCAUCAAACAUGUCGAUAUUCCGAACUUUCUUCAUGAUAUAGAAAAUGUAGGAAGAACAAACGACUACUCUUGCAUUUUC